ACUUUUAAAAUCAUCCUUUAAUAUUUUUAAAGAAACCCUUUAAAUACAAAGGGCAAGUAAAGUGAAUUAAAAAAUAGAAUGAAUACAAUGAUGAACACAAUGGAGUGGAAUGCAGAAUGACGAAGUUGUCUCAAGCAUCUGUGUUGUUUCUGCCCUGCUACUGACACACAGUGAGGGCAGCAUGAUGACAUGGGAACUACGAUCGUUUAUCUGAGGGAAGAGUCAUUAGAGAUACUGAAUGGCACCUGUUGAAGAGGGUAUAGUUUGGUUAUCAGGCUGUACGUUCUCCCUACAGAUUAGCAUUGUGUCAGCCCUCUUCAUCAUCAUAUAUGUUACACUCCACAGUCUUUGUGCGGGCUGUUACAGUGCUAUGCAUUUGUACAGACACGAGAAAAAGAAUCUUCCGUUUCCACAAAACAAAGCACCUGAGGUUACUGAGCAGUUUGGCAGAAAUCUAAACAGGCUUGAACAUGGCACUGAUACCCCUUGUCAAAUUCCUGCAGUUUCUAUGGGAACCUCAAGUCCACAGUGUGUUAAAGCGCUACCACUUCCUUCUCUUCCGUCGGAUCCCACGGCUCACAUAGAGCCUCUGAGACAUACGCCUUCAUUUCAUUGCCAGGAAUGUGGGAAUAUUUUUUCCUGCAGUGAUGAAUGUAUACCAACUACCCAGGAUCUAACUGAUCAUACAUACUCUCUCCUGGACACUGAAUUAAAUGAGGAAAAUCCUUAUGAUUAUAUCAGUGAGCCUCCAACACUGCGUCUGUCCGACAGAGCUGAAGGGGAUAGUGAGAGACCCUCCCCAAUAAUACCAAAGCUGGUGGAGCUUAAUGUUAAUCACUCAGACACAGCCCUCAACAACCCGGUAAACAACCGGGAAAUGGAGCAGCCUCUCGUUCUGAGUGACCGAUGUUUGACUUGUACAGAACCGUCUGCUCUUUAUGCCACAGUGAACUGGGACACCAAAAAUCUGAAAAACACAGAAGCUGUGAUAAACACAUAUUAUGCAGUGGAUGAAAUGAUCGAUGAUGAGGCUGCCCCUCCCAUUCCAUAUAAACAUUUCUAGUAUCAUGCUGUUUUUCAUGAUUCAUCAUACUGUAGAUUUUUAUUUAUUCACAUCAAGCAUUAAAAAUAAACUUACAUGCAUAAUCACAUUUUUCAAAAAUGUCUUUGUAUUUAUGACCUUUUACAAGGUUUUAGGAUGUUUUUAUUGCCAGCAGUUCAUGCUGUUACAUAACAUGUAGCCUAAUAAGUGUGUGAAUUAUACAAUUUUAUUUAUGUUUGAUAUGAAUCAUAAUGUUUUGUUUAUUUACAUUUUACAAGCAUAAAAACGUACACCAUGGAUUAUAACCUUUAAAAAUGUCAUGCUGUUACAUAACCUCCAGCCUUAUAAAUGUAUCAGUUCUAACAUUGUUGCAACUUUCUAAAACUGUAUAAAUAAAGCCAGCCACGGCAGGGUUAUUGUAGGUCAAUGCGAGUCACAUGACGCAGUGCCUCGAGACUGGAUGACUGAAACUCAACAUGUUUGUGCUGUCCAGACCUAAAAUCCCCUUUGGAGGAUGAAGUCCGUCGGCGGCUGACAGAAGAAAGCUUAUAAUCCCCCGACAUCAGGCACGUUUUCUUCCAAAUGUCUGUUUGCAUAUAAACAAUGCUGAAUAUUGAGGAAAUAGGUGAAAGGUGACACAUCUCUGUGGACUGCUUUGAAUGUCUAAACAAUAAAUUUAAUUAAA